AGGCGGGGACAGCGGGCGCCCGUCUUUGCCCUCUGCGCCUGCGCAGUGUCCGACAGGCAGCGGCCGUUUGUCGUAUCCGGGUCAGCGCCGCGGCAGUUGGGCGAUGGCGACGAUAGCGGAGCUGAAAGCAGUUUUAAAGGACACACUGGAAAAAAGAGGAGCCUUGGGGCAAAUAAAAGCGAGGAUCAGAGCUGAGGUGUUCAAUGCGUUGGAUGACCAGAGCGAACCGCGGCCGCCGCUGUCUCACGAGAACCUCCUGAUCAAUGAGCUGAUCCGUGAAUACCUGGAAUUCAACAAGUACAAAUACGCAGCGUCUGUGCUCACUGCAGAAGCUGGCCAGCCUGAAGUGCCCUUGGAUAGACAGUUUCUUGUCAAGGAGCUGAACAUCAUUGAAGAUGCAAAUGGAAAAUCAGUACCUCUCUUAUAUGGAAUUAUAUCGCAUUUCUUACACCAUGGUGAAGAAGAAAGUACCCAGAGUACUCUUCCAAAGGUGUCUUUGCUGAGUUAUCCAAGGCAGAACCUUGCCAAACCAUCUACUGAGAGGAAUCAAACAGAUAGAAUUCCAGAACCAGGAAGGAUGGCUGGCACGAGCAUUGAAGAGCCUCUUGUUCUGCAAAGCACGAAGAGAUGAUGUGAUGAUGUCUUUUAUAUGUUCACUUACCCUGCAAAGCUCUUGGAGAGUUAAUUUAUGAAAUUCUUCAUUAUGUAAAUUUUUCCAUUGUGUCCAGUGGGACCACUUCCAUUUGUUAGAGCUCCCCACAAGACAGGAA